UAUUAUCACAUGCAUAUCGUCGUUUUAGAGAUAAAAGACAAUGACUGGUCUAAUGGUUUAUCAUCACAGGCCAUGAUGAAACUUUCAUGAUCUCUCUUUUAGUGUAGUUUUAAUCAUCCCGCCGUCAGUCGAGCGAGUGCGAACACCAGAACUGAAUUCGUCUCUCGUCCACCGCGUGCCACGUCAACAGCACUCGAAAGGCUCCAAAACUGUAUCCUUCACUGCGCUAAUGACCGUUAAUUUGGUUCCAUACCGGGCCGGUUUGAGUAUGUUAUCGAAGAAAACGACGUAAAAACUUCUUUCGAUCCAUCUUGAUGUGAAAGUGCUUUUGGCUGAGGCCCCAAAAAGGAAUGCCUAAUGGGAAAACUUUCCUCGUCGACGUGAGCUUCGGUGUGGUUGGAUAGGGUCGUAUAUUGAUAGUGAUUCGGGGUCGUCAUCACCGGUAAACAAAAUUUCGUCCGCUCGAGUGUGCAUCAAUCUCCUUAUAAGUUGUUUGUUUCCUACAACUGUGAACGACGGUCAGGUGAAGUUGAAUUGUGAGUGUGGCGAAAAAAGGCCACAUCGCGAAUGGACCUGAGGGAAAAGAAACGGAAGGAAACCCCGACCUUCGCCAAUGCUGGUUAUCGUUGAACUCGAUAGUGUUGAAGGAAUCGAGGAGGAGUAGUGAGUGAGGAACUUGGUAAUCACGCGGAUCUGCGAGGAAAGGUCCUUGGCCGUGAACGCAAUACGGCAUCGUGGUUUCCGUUGUCGUCGUCCAGGUCGGCCGUGGGAUAGAAUCAAACGGAGCACCUUUGGUCAUUGGAGGUAUCGCCAGAACGGCCAGUACGGACCCAGAUAUAAAUCGAGGAAAACCAUGGACAGAGACAAGGAGAAGUCGCUGAUUAUUGAAUUCAAGAAAAACUACGGAACCAGUGCCAAUGGCGUCGAUGAACACCGGUCAACAGUGCCACCGCUGCAGCACCAGAGAUCGGUUAUCUACUGCGUGCACGGAAAGUUGGCACAGUCGUGCUGCGAGCUGAAGGAUGAUGAUGUUAGCAUUAGGAAAAUUGAGUCACACUGUCACCGGCCUCGGAUGGAUGGAGUUGACAAAAUUGCCAGGAAGAAACUCAUUUUAGCCAGCGUGCUGUGUGUCAUCUUUAUGAUAGCGGAGAUCGUAGGUGGCAUCUACUCCAACAGUCUGGCAGUGGCAACAGAUGCAGCACAUCUAUUAGCCGACCUGGCCAGCUUUAUGAUAUCGCUGUUCGCACUCUGGGUUGCCGCGAGACCAUCGACCAAGAGGUUAUCGUUUGGAUGGCAUCGGGCAGAAGUGAUCGGUGCCCUGACUUCGGUGCUGAUGAUUUGGGUCGUGACGGCAAUCCUGUUCUACUUGGCCGUGCUGAGGACAAUCAAUCAAGACUUCGAGGUGGACGGUCAAGCGAUGCUGAUAACUUCCGGACUGGGCAUUCUGGUGAAUGUAAUAAUGGGAGCAACUCUACAUGGUGGCCAUGGCCACAGUCACUCAUCGGCUGGCAGUGCUCAUGGUCAUGCACAUGGAGGACCUUCGGAGGAAAACAUCAACGUCCGAGCGGCAUUUAUCCACGUGCUGAGCGAUUUCGUCCAAAGUCUGGGAGUAUUUAUAGCGGCCCUCGUCAUCUACUUCAAACCCGAGUGGAACAUUGUUGACCCAAUUUGUACGUUCCUGUUUUCGAUUCUGGUGUUGAUUACGACUUUGGCCAUAAUGAAGGAUGCACUUAUGGUCCUCAUGGAGGGUACGCCUAAAUAUCUUGAUUUUACCGAAGUUAUGCAAACAUUCCUCCAGAUCCAAGGUGUCGUACGGGUACAUAAUUUAAGAAUAUGGGCACUCAGCAUCAACAAGAUUGCGCUGUCGGCUCAUUUGGCUGUCGAGCCGAACACCAACACGGAAACGAUCCUUCAGCAGGCGACACGUACCGUCCAUGCAAAGUAUGAUUUCUUCGAAACCACCCUGCAAAUCGAAGAAUUCCAAGCGGACAUGGAAGAUUGCAAUCAAUGUACAAAUCCAGUUUAGGACGACGACGAAUGGUGCUCGCAAAAAAGGGAUGAUUAUGGAAGAGAGGGAGCGAAGGAAAUAUGUUGCAAUAUUAGUAAAUUAUUGUUGGAUGCUGAGGAUUUCUUUUUGGUACAGCAGCCUAAAAAGCAGAGUAUUCUACUUGUCGUACUAUAUUGAGAACAAGCCUUUUUUCUAGUAGUAUUUAGUUGAAAUAGGUAAAGGAAGUCUGCAGCUGGUUGUUAAGCUGUACUAUCCAAAAUCACAUUAUUCGGCUAACGAACAUUUUCAUCAUUCGUUUAUACAUUAGUAUAUCAUUUUUAUAGCACAGUAAAUUGAAAGCUUUCUUAAGUAAUUGCGUUUUCAAAUGUUUGAAAAAAUAUAUAUUGUAUUUUCUGUUGAUAUCAUUUUUAUUAGUUAUGUUAUCUUGUUCAGAAAUGUAUAUGAUCCUGUGAAACUGUUUAAUAGCGGAAUAAAGCAUCUGUGAAUAUAAAAAUCGGUCAAAAGCAUAGCCCUCUCAAAACAGGCGAAACCAUCGGAAUUACCAUCAGUUAUGAACAAGAAGACAUUUAUACCCGAGCAGAAAAAUACAUCGCAGCAAGAAAACAUCUUCCACUUAUUUGUAUUCAGAUGAUGCCUGGGCCGUAAUGAAAAAUGAAGAAAUCAUUCAGAAUGUGGGAAAUAAAAACCAACAAACGAAUGCCUAAA